GAUACUCAAUUAAGGUAAUACCUAUAUAAAAUUGUUCUAACCUGACCCAGGCGAAUGGGUAAUGCAGUGCAAACACUUUCCACAAGCAAACCAUUCAGCAUUUUCUAAACAGCUAAAACAAUACAGUGAGCCUCACAAUAAGGCCAGCUUUCACACUGACAGCAGGGACAGCUCUGGAGAAGGGUGGUGCUACAACAGGCAACAUACAAUAGAGAUUGCCCCAAUAGAUAUAUACAGCUUUCUACGUGGUCUGCUGUUCCAGGAGAACUCCCAUUCACCCAGGGACUUGGGCUCAGCACACACACCUGCUGCAAAUGAAUUCUGUAUAAGGUACACAGACGUCACUGAGGGACUGGACAGAACCAGACCGUGACUGUGCUGCAGGCUAAGGAGUACCAUGCUGCCCCGCUGUGCAAUCAGUGUGUGUCAUGUGUUUAUGUUGGUGCUGUGUCUGUCUUCGGCUGAGGACUUCGACUGGACAAAGAACGACCACAGCUCCUUCUAUUAUGGCACUUUUCCAGCUGGAUUUUCGUGGGGUGCCGGCAGUUCAGCCUAUCAAACAGAAGGAGCCUGGGACAAAGAUGGAAAAGGACUGAGCAUCUGGGACGUGUUCAGCCAUAAGAAAGGCAAAAUCCAACAAAAUGAAACAGGGGAUUCCUCUUGUGAAGGCUACCACAAAGUCAAGGAUGAUGUUUCUUUGAUAAAGGAGCUGAAGCUUAACCACUAUCGCUUCUCCAUAUCCUGGCCUAGACUCAUCCCCACUGGCAUAAAGUCUGACCAUAUAAAUGAAAAAGGAAUACAGUACUACAGUGAACUGAUUGACCACCUGCUGGAGAACAAGAUCACUCCCGUUGUUACUCUGUAUCACUGGGAUCUUCCACAGGUGUUACAAGAGAAAUAUGGUGGAUGGCAGAAUAUAAGCAUGGUCAAUCAUUUCAAUGAAUUUGCUAACCUGUGCUUUGAAAGAUUUGGCAACCGAGUCAAGUACUGGAUCACUUUUAACAAUCCAUGGUCUGUAGCAGUUGAAGGCUACGAGACAGGUGAACAUGCUCCUGGACUGAGGCUGAGAGGAACAGGGGCAUACAGAGCUGCCCAUCACAUAAUCAAGGCGCAUGCUAAAGUUUGGCACAGUUAUGAUACACAAUGGAGGGGAAAACAAAAAGGUCUGGUCGGCAUCUCUCUGUCUGGAGAUUGGGGAGAGCCGGUGGAUAUCAGCAACCAGAAAGACAUUGAAGCAGCUGAGAGAUAUGUCCAGUUCUACCUGGGCUGGUUUGCCACACCCAUCUUUCAUGGAGACUACCCUCAAGUGAUGAAAGACUUCAUUGGAAGGAAGAGUGUCCAACAGGGGCUCGGGACGUCUCGCCUGCCCACAUUUUCCCCGCAAGAGAAGAGCUACAUCAAGGGGACCUGUGACUUCCUCGGCAUUGGUCAUUUCACCACCCGCUACAUCACCCAAAAGAACAACCCAUCAGGUCGUAGCAGCAGCAGUUACUUCACUGACCGUGACCUGGCUGAGCUGGUUGACCCACGAUGGCCUGACCCCGGGUCUGAGUGGCUCUACUCUGUGCCUUGGGGUUUCAGACGUCUGCUCAACUUUGUCAAGACUCAGUAUGGAAACCCAUUGAUUUAUGUGACUGAGAAUGGAGUCUCUGAGAAGAUGUUGUGCACAGAGCUGUGUGAUGACUGGAGGAUACAGUAUUAUAAAGACUACAUUAAUGAGAUGCUGAAAGCUAUCAAAGAUGGAGUCAAUGUGAAGGGCUACACUGCAUGGUCCCUGCUAGACAAGUUUGAGUGGGAUGAAGGCUACUCCGAGAGGUUUGGCUUGUACUAUGUGGACUUCAGGAACAAAAACAAGCCUCGCUAUCCCAAAGCUUCUGUCCAGUUUUACAAACGCAUUAUCAGCUCCAAUGGAUUUCCCAAUCAGAGAGAGGUUGAGAACUGGAGGAGAAAGGCUAUUGAGACCUGUUCUUCUAGCAACCAGCUCCUAGCUGCAGCUAGAAGAAAAGCCAAGGAACAUGCAGAAAUGCCAAAGGUUUGGCCAGUGCAUGAUGAAGUUUAGAACUUGAGGACCCUUUGACCAGCCACAUGGAGAUGGUAACUGAGAUCGUUGUUCCCACUGUGUGCACACUCUCUAUUUUGCUCAGUGCCAUAUUCCUUAUGUUCCUGCUGCGGAGGCGGAACUAGAAAGGAGCUCUCGGUGUGCAUGUUUACAAUCACAAACAUCAACACACACAGACACACAAGCUAUACACACACGCACACGCUCAUAUUGUAAGGGCAUCUUUAAUGGAUCAUGUGUGAACAUAAAUACAGUAUUUGAACUGAAUUUCAAGAGAAAUUAGUGACUUCAUUAAUUUGAUGUGCAUACAGUGUUUGCUGUAAAAACAUUGGUUUAGCCAAUAAUAAUGAAUUUAGUACCAGGCACUCAAACAGUGUGGACAGCCCUGCAACAUGUUGGAUUUUCUUAUUACAAUAUUGCUGUGGAAUAUUACCAUUGCAAACUGCCCUUGUGAUCUAUUGUACUUUGUGUUUUCAUUUGGUUCAUUUGUUUGGCAAAAAAACUCUUCAAAAUGUCUUUUAACUGCUACACUGAACAAAAAUUCAGAAAAUGUGAUAAUAAAGAUGCGAUUAGAAAACCCAUGACAGCGUCACAGAACAUACAUACAAAGGACUGAAAGUUGUUCAUUUAAAACAUUUGACAACAAUACAGUAUAUUACAGAAAGCCCUUUAGUGGUCCCUGUACACUUUGUGAUGCAGUAUAAAGGUCAUCUGGCUCGUUCUUCUUCCAUUUUAAAACGUGUUAAUUGCUGAUGAGAAUAUCAAACAUGACAAUAAACACCUCCUUUGUUGUUA